UACGGUUACACCUUUAUCUACAAGGAGACAGUGCAGGCCUUUAUCAGAGACCUCGAGCAUGAGGCGGCGGUAUACAAGCGUCUGGAGCGGAUCCAGGGCGUUAAUGUGCCCGUCUUCCUAGGGCCAUCGAUCUUCGGUCGCUCGCUUAAGAGGGUCUACUACUAUAACCAUCGGGUAUACAUUACGCACAUAACAUUCUUAUCGUGGGAGGGAAACUACAUCGAUGAGAUUGAA